UGUAAUUAAUCAUUCUUAAUCUUGUUUUGUGUGUGCGCGAGUGUUUGUCUAUAAAUCCCAAAUUCGGCGCUUUCUUUCUUCCAACACACACUCACACAUGAUCGGAUUCUUGGUUCCCUUUCGUUCUUUGUCUCUUUCACUUUGAUUUUGUUUCUUUUUCGCCAUUUCUCCACUGUAUCAGAAUUUUCAGCUCUGCCCAGAAUCAAAUUUUGCUGUUUCAGUUGUUUUGACUUAUCUGUAAGUACCCAUCUUUUAUAUGAAGCUUCGUGGUCGACCCCCCAAAUUGCCCAAUUCGGUGCGGAAGUUUUCACGAAGAACACGCCCUCUCUUUCUCUCUCUGUCUCUCUCUCUCACAAUUCAUUUACGAGAAAGUGAUGGAAAUUCCCAAAUUGAAUUCGGCUGUUCUUCGGGAAGUUGAUGAAUUGGAAGAAACGAAAAAUUCCCAGAAAAUUUCAGUUUGUAAUCAGCCGAACGGAGUGCAUUACUCUGCAAAUUCGGAUAGCUUCGUCAUCGAUAUGAAUGGGUUCUCCAAUGGCGGAACUAAAGAACCCAACACAAAUCCCAGAAUUACAUUGCAGAGAAAUUUAUCCCGAAAAGGGUCUCAGCGUGGCGGCGACAAGAUGAUUGCUAGCAAUACCGCUCCUAUGGAUAGAGAUUCAUCAUCUCCAACAGUUGCAGUUGGAGCUACCAUGGCGGAAAAAGCAGGGGCGGCGGUGGCAGUGGCAGUGGCAGUGGGGUCACAGCAAGAUCAUUUGGGAGUUGCACAAGUUCAUCAUCAGAUCACUAUAACCACAGCGAACACGGCGGCGGCGCCGGUUGAACGAGGCUUUCUUAGAAGAAACAGCUUCAGGAGGCCUUCAUCUUCGUGGUUUUUGGACCCCAAGAAAGUUCUUCUCUUGUUUGCCACUGUGUCGUGUAUAGGGAGCAUGAUACUGAUAUACUUCACCUUGGCCAUCGGAAAACCCGACGCCGAGGAGCGGGGAUUUGAUUAAUUAUAACUGCAGGGAAAGGAAGAAGCAGAAGAACACACACAACAGAACACAGAUAUGAGAAUGACUUGAAGAUGUUUGUACAAAGAGAUAGAAUGAUGGGAAAGACAAAAGUGCAGAUUAAAAGCAAGAAGAACAGCAGGUUUUCUCAUGGUUGGCACAUUUACAUUAGUUUAUUAGGAAAGGAAGAAAGUGACAAACUAGAAUGUGACAAAGGAAUUGAAUCUUUUCCCUUUUUUUUCUUUUUGUUUUGUUUUGUUACGAAAAUUGACAGAUGAAAGAGUUCAGAAUACAAACGUGGUUCACUUGUGAUUUGAAGCAGUGUGGUGUGGAUUUCUCCAUCUGCUAAGAUUAGUGGAGGGUUUGGUGGUGACUGAUCUGAUUUGGUUACUCUUCAAAUACCUUAAAGUUCUCCUUUUCCUC